AUGAAGUUCGGGAAGGAACUGGCUUCCCAGAAGGUUCAAGAAUGGGGGGAAGCAUACAUGGAUUACAACGAUCUAAAGGGAGUUCUGAAAGAUAUUUCGAGAUUCCGGCGGCGGAACGCGGCGGCGCAAUCAUCUGUUCCGGCGGCGGCGGAGACGCGCAAGAAUUCGUUGAAGAGAAGGAUGUCCAUGUACCGGGCUUUCAGCGGGCUGACGAAUCGAGGCACUCCGAGGAGCGAUCAUGAAGAUGAAAUUAUACUGGUGAAUGCUGUGGAGCAGGAAGGGAUUGGAGGGGCGCCGCAGUAUCAGACAAUGUUCCUUAUGUCCUCAGAAGCGGGAGGAGAAUACGAGCUGGUGUUCUUCAGAAGGCUUGACGAUGAGUUGAAUAAAGUUGUUAGGUUUUACAGAGAAAAGGUGGAGGAAGUGAGGAAGGAGGCGGAUGAGCUAAGCAAGCAAAUGGAUGCACUUAUAGCUCUCCGCAUCGUCGUAGAAAUGCCAUCGCUGGAUAUCAAUGCCGACCAGACAACAGAUUCUGCAGCCAUUGAAGCUAAUAAGUCACAUAUGGAUGCCAUACAAGAAAUUGAGAUGAGCGGUGAAGAGGUUAUUGCAGGAAUGGGUAAUGAGAACGUAAGGAUUAUUGAAGAGAAGACGAGUAACAACUUCAGAGAUUUCAGGCCUGCUCAGUUACACAUGUUGUACGAUGUAAGAGUCAACAUCCAACCUGAAACUCCCAUAUCCACUUUGAAGAAAAUUUUGAAGGCAUCAAACUCUCAACUCAAGUACAGCCUGCCUGAGCUAAGGAAGGCUGAAGAAAGAUUGAGAAAGGCAUUCAUGGAGUUCUAUGGAAAGCUUAGACUUCUCAAGAGUUACUGUUUCUUGAACACAUUGGCAUUUUCCAAGAUCAUGAAGAAAUAUGACAAGAUCACUUCAAGGAAAGCUUCAAGGUCAUACCUAGAGAUGGUUGAUAAGUCUUAUCUUGGAAGCUCUGAUGAGGUUAGUAGACUCAUGGAAAGAACAGAAGCCACAUUCAUAAAGCACUUUGCCAAUGGAAAUAGAAGGAAAGGAAUGAGUGUUUUAAGGCCUCAUGUGAAGCGCGAGAAGCACAGAAUCACAUUUUUUCUUGGCUUGUUCUCAGGCUGUUCAAUAGCAUUAGUUGCAGCUAUUAUUGUUUCUAUACAUGCUAGAAAUCUUCUUCAACACAAGGGGAGUGAUCAGUUUAUGGAAAAUAUAUUCCCACUUUAUAGUUUAUUUGUAUUCAUUGUCCUACAUAUGAUCAUGUAUGCUGGGGACAUAUACUUUUGGAGGCGAUACCGCAUAAAUUACCCCUUUAUAUUUGGCUUCAAGCAAGGAUCAGAACUUGGUUAUCGAGAAGUUCUCCUCCUUGCUUCAGGCAUUUUUGUACUUGCUUUGGCUGCUGUUCUCUCGCACUUGGAUAUGGAAAUGGACCCUGUAACAAGAAGCUAUAAGGUGCUCACCGAGUCAGUUCCAUUGAUCCUGAUUUCUGUUCUGCUAAUAAUAACAUUCUGCCCUCUCAACAUCGUGUAUCGAUCAAGUCGUUUCUUCCUCAUCAGAUGCGCCUGGCACUGCAUCUGUGCUCCUCUUUUUAAAGUGACCCUGCCUGAUUUUUUCUUGGCAGAUCAACUUACCAGCCAGGUUCAGGCCAUCUGUUACUAUGGAUGGGGAAACUUCAGACAAAGAAUAAACAAAUGUCAGGACAGUGAUGUGUAUGAAAUCUUUUAUAUGAUUGUAGCAGCAAUCCCAUUCGUUGUUCGGUUACUUCAGUGCCUUCGUCGCUUGUUCGAGGAGAAAGACAAUAGCCAAGGGCUGAAUGGUCUCAAGUACUUCACAACAGUGGCUGCACUGGUGCUAAGAACACUGUAUGAGCUAAAGAAAGGAACAACUCUGAAAGUCCUGGCAGCAGUCUUUUCAGGGAUCACGACCAUCACCAAUACGUACUGGGACAUUGUUAGAGAUUGGGGUCUGUUGCAGAGGAACUCCAAGAACCCUUGGUUGAGGGACAAGCUCCUUGUUCCAAACAAGGCUGUCUACUUUGUUGCAAUUGUGGUGAACAUCAUUUUGAGGCUGGUAUGGAUGCAAAUGUUUCUGGAUUUUAGUGAUUCAUUCCUCCAUAGGAAAGCCAUUGUUGCCAUUGUUGCCUGUCUGGAAAUCAUCCGCCGCGGCAUUUGGAACUUUUUCAGGUUGGAGAAUGAGCAUCUGAAUAACGUUGGCAAAUAUCGAGCAGUCAAGUCUGUGCCAUUGCCGUUUAACCAUGAAGUAGACAAGACCAUAUAA